UAUGCUGGCUGUGCUAACUGCUUUAAUGUGAGUUAAUCUUGCUUAAUAAGUAAACACUGUAUAAAUAGUUUUAUUCAAUUGUUUAGGUGCAUUGCCAGUGUAACAGGUGAAAGAACUCAUCAUCUGUAUUAUAUCAUCAUCUCUGUAUGUUGAUUAUUUAAUAGGACAAUUACAGAAUAGCGUCCAAUGUCAACCUUCGACAUGUGGCACUCGAGCAACACCGUGUUCAACUAACUCUGACUGCGAAUGUCUGGCACUUAGUUCACGCGUCGAUGGUAUAUGCGCUGCUACGUUACUCUCUUGCUCGAAUCUGACACCUUGUUUGAGUGAUAACGUGACGUGCACAGUGCCUUGUACUAUCUGCGUUGUCAGCACUCGCUGUACCAAGCCAAUGUGUUAUCCACUUGCACUCACCGUCCCUGAGGUGUGUCCACCGCUAAAUUCAAGUGUAACAACAUCAACGGUUACUAUACCUGCAGGUAAUUGUCAGUGAAUUGUUUCUAUUAGUGAGGGAUAACAUACGUAUUUGGGUGCGAUAGAGAUUUCUUAGCCUGAGAGACCGAAAAUCUGCGAGGGUUGUAAGGCGAAGAAACGAAUUUUUUUAUUCCUGCUGUUGAAAAAUGAUAAAUUUCUCAAAAUUAGGGUUGUUCUUCAUAGAACACGAAAGCUGAAUAAUGCAACACCAUCGAAAACCAUUGAUGAUACUGCUCUAUUCAUCUUACGAGUCAGAUGCACACCUAUCUGGGCUCCUAAAAGCCACAUCGAGAAGUGAAAUUUCUAUGGAUCUUCAGGGUAGCGGUCGCUUUGCAUCCGUGGUAGGUAUGAUGAGAUUGUGCUCUUGAAGGUACCAUUGAGCAAUAGAACUACUCAGGGAUUAUUGUAAUUCUUUUAUGAAAGAUCCUUCUGAAUUUCUUGGAAACUGUUAUUCUUGAAACAAACUGACGAGUAUUUACACCACAGACAUCUCUGCUGAAGAAAAUUUUUAUGCUUUCAAUAUUUAAACUUUGAACUUGUGCACCAUAGCAAUAACAACACGACCAACAACAAUAACAACAACACGAUCAAUAACACAACCAUCAACAAUACAACCAACAACAACAAAUCCAACAACAACACAACCAACAGCAACACAACCAACAACGACACAACCAACAACACAACCAUCAACAAUACAACCAACAACAACAAAACCAACAACAACGCAACCAACAACAAUACAACCAACAACGACACAACCAACAACACAACUAAUAACAACAACAGCAAUCCGUGAGUAG